AAGGAGUAUGGUGUGGGUCAGUGCAGCAGUACUCCCCAGAGCCGCCAAGCCCAGGCGACUGCGGGGCUGGGGCAGGAUGAGCGGAGCUUGGGCAGGGAUGCCCGCGUGGGGAGGCAGCUCCAGGUGGGAUGCUUCCUGCGGGAGGGAGAAGGAUCCCGAAGGGAUCUAGUCAGAGGCCGAGCGGUACGGGCUCUGGGAGCAGGGAAAAGUAUCCCCGCGAAGGCUUCCCGCCGCCUCCCGCAAGUCAGGGGCGGAGCUGAGGUGCGGAAUCGUCCAACCGGAGGCGGGGAGGCGGAGCUUGGGUCCCCUAGAAGCCGAAGGCGCUGGCUGAACUGUAGUUUCCCGGGAGGGAGGCGAGAGCCGGACUGCGAGCAGGACCGUGUACGGGCGUCCGAGCAUCCACUCCAGCAUCCCGCCACCGGGCGGCAGGUGUGUGGGAGACUUGAAACCAUUCCAGGAUGGCUUUCCUUGGACUUUUCUCUUUACUGGUCCUGCACAGCUUGGCAACAGAGGCCAUGUUCCCUGAUGAAACCAUUUCUGAGUGGUCAGUGAAUAUGUAUAACCGUCUUCGAGCUACUGGGGAAGAAGAAAAUAUUCUCUUCUCUCCACUGAGCAUUGCUCUUGCAAUGGGAAUGAUGGAGCUUGGGGCCCAAGGAUCUACUCUGAAAGAAAUCCACCAUUCCAUGGGAUAUGACAGCCUGAAAAAUGGUGAAGAAUUUCCUUUCUUGAAAGAUUUUUCUAACAUGAUAAGUGCUGAAGAGAACCAUUAUGUGAUGAAGAUUGCCAAUUCCCUCUUUAUCCAAAAUGGAUUUCAUGUCCAUGAUGAGUUUUUGCAACUGUUGAAAAAGUAUUUUAAUGCAGAAGUCAACCAUGUGGACUUCAGUCAGAAUGUCGCUGUGGCCAACUACAUCAAUAAGUGGGUGGAGAAUUACACAAAUAAUCUGUUAAAAGAGUUGGUAUCCCCAAGGGACUUUGACACUGUCACUCACCUGGCACUCAUCAAUGCUGUGUAUUUCAAGGGGAACUGGAAGUCACAAUUUAGACCUGAGAAUACCAGAACUUUUUCUUUUACUAAAGAUGAUGAAACUGAAGUCCAAAUCCCAAUGAUGUACCAACAAGGAGAAUUUUAUUAUGGGGAAUUCAGUGAUGGUUCCAAUGAAGCUGGUGGAAUCUACCAAGUCCUAGAAAUACCAUAUGAGGGAGAAGAGAUCAGCAUGAUGCUGGUUCUGUCCAGACAGGAAGUUCCUUUGGCCACGCUGGAGCCAUUGGUCAAACCACAGCUGAUUGAAGAAUGGGCCAGCUCUGUGAAGAAGCAAAAGGUGGAAGUCUACCUGCCCAGGUUUACAGUGGAACAGGAAAUUGAUUUAAAAGAUAUUUUGAAGGCUCUUGGGGUAACUGAAAUUUUCAUCAAGGAUGCAAAUUUGACUGCUCUGUCAGAUAACCGAGAGUUGUUCCUGUCCAAAGCAAUCCACAAGUCCUUCAUAGAGGUGAAUGAAGAGGGCUCAGAAGCUGCUGCUGCCUCAGGCAUGAUUGCAAUUAGUAGGAUGGCUGUGCUGUAUCCUCAGGUCAUUGUCGAUCAUCCAUUUUUCUUUCUUAUCAGGAAAAGGAGAACCGGCACAAUCUUAUUCAUGGGACGCGUCAUGCAUCCUGAAACAAUGAACAGCAAUGGCCAUGAUUUCGAAGAACUUUAAAUGGCUUGGUUUACAUAACAAGAAAGCAGUAAUAAAGCACAUUAUGUUUGAAAUUAGUAUGUAUUUAAGAUUUGUGUUUUAUAGUAUAGCUUAAGAUAAUAUUUAAAAUAGUUCCAGAUAGAAAUAAUGUAUGUUUAAUCAGUCUGUCAAGCAGUGUUAUCAGUAUUAAGAUAAUGGUCUUAUGCCAUGUGUUUGUUGUGAUGAUGUUUAAAAUAAAAGUUCAUAGUGAAUAUGUGAACAGCUGUUUUUCAUUUUAGAAGUAGCAAUAGUUUGCACAUCCCUUUAAGUGAGAUUUGGAAACAGUGAUGUUCCUUCAGAAAGUGUAGCAGAAUGAUCCCACCAGGAACAUUUAUGUUUCUGGACCUCUCCAUAAUCAUGCAGAUUCAAAACAGCAAGGUAAGUGAGCACUACGCACUUGAAAACCAGCAAUAACAUGCAAGGCAAAGGCAGGUACACCGCACAAAUUCAAAUUGUUAUUGAUUUGAAAUCAGUGCAGAGGAGAGUGCAGGAAGGAAAUUCAAACCAACUGUUUCCACAACCCCAAGACAAAACCUUUUUAGAAAAAAAUAAAAUAAAAGAUAGGCAACCUCCCCAAAUGUUACCAGCUUGCAUAUUUACUAUACUUUUAUACAUUCUUAGUCAUUAUUAUAAACUAUACUUCUAGCUUUUAAGUAGUUUGCCCUAGAACAGUACACCCCGUGAGUCCUCUAGAUAUCCGAUAUUUCUUGAUACCUUUGUUUCUUACCUGCCUCAAGAUGCCACUUCAAGUGGUUGACCUGCCCCAUGUGGGUUUGCUUAUGUACAUUUUCUGAUGUUCACAUAAAGGUAAAGUCACCUAAUAGUGCAUUUCUCAGAAUACAACCAGAUAGCAAGUAGCACAUGAAAAUACUUCUUAUUUAGACAGCAUUAAUUUAUAGAAAACUGUUAGUUGAUGCAGGAUGUGACAUUAGUGCUUCUCAAAUUUCAUUAUGUAAUACAAUCACCUGGACUUUUUUAAUUCUUAGGAAAGGCCUAGGACGGUGUGUAUUUACUAAGCUCUUAAGUGACACUUUUGCUAUUUCGUCAUGGAUUUUCCUGUUUGUCAAUUGGGUAACAAAAUUCUACUUCAGAUAGAGUUAGUAUGUUUGAUAUUUUUAUAAAUAAACACGGGAAAACUAUAAUUUUCAUAGAGCUUAAAGAGAAUAAUACUGGGAUGGAAUGAUAGUACAUUAAUAAUAUAAUAACCUUGUCCAAAAUUGUUUAACUCUAAAGUUUCUAUUUCAUACUAUAAACAAAUAUAAAAUUGUUCUACAUAUUAAAAUGUUUGAAAUGUAUUCUUUAAAAAUAUGCAGACAUUUAUAGGCCAUGCCCAUGAAAGAAUGUAUGAAUACCCAAGACCCCAGUACUUAACUCUGAGUCCUUUAUAGCUUAUAUUUUCAGAACACUUAUUUAUUCGUAAAUCCUUAGGUUGUUGUAGACUAAUGCUCAUGUUUCCGUUUAUAAUUUACAUUGACUCAGUACUGAUAUUCUGAGUUUGUAGUGUUGUUUGUGGCUGUCUCUCUUGUCUUUGAGCACUGUGUAUAUUGCUAAGCAUGCAUGUUCACCAGCUGGUUGUAACACCUGUAAGGAAGAAUAAACAUCAUUAUUCAGUCAUGUGGAUUUUAUAAGGCCCAAUUUUUAUCCUUAAGAUGUUUCAAUUUAAGUUAGUUGUUAUUUAAAUAAAAAUGGAUGCUCACAUACUGAUGGAAUGCUUAUAAAUAAUACAUACGACACCAAGUUUUUCUUUUGGCAUGACUUUGCUUAUAAUUUAUUCAAUUUUUUGCUUUCUCUUGAAAAAGUAAUAGUCCCAUUUUAUUUACUUUACAAUGGAUACUAUAUGUAUACAUUUUAUAUGCAUCAUUUUCAAAGAUUUUUGCUCUUUGAACUUACUGUUGAGAUAAAUCAACCAUAAUUGUACCAUUUUCAUAUUAGUUGAAAUUUUAUUUUACUUUUUUAUGUAUGUAAUGGGUAGACUGAAUGAUUAUAAAGAAUAUAAUCCUAUAAAUUUCAACAUCACCACCAUGACCAAACAACUGUUUGAAUCAAUCUAAUUGUUCACUUGAGUGUCAAAACAUUGAAUAUGAUAACAAUAAAAUAAAGAUAAAAUAUGGUAAA